AUGGCCAUCAUCUCAGAAGCAUUGAUCUCAGUCUGGUCACAUCUACCAGCCAUCCUGGUCACUCUUGCCUUAUUUCACUUCACUCGCAAUUAUUUCAAACCAGGAGUAACGUCAAUACCCGGACCAUUACUGGCUAAGUUAACAAACUUUUGGAGGUUCAUCGAUGUCGCCAAUGGUCGCGCAGAAGUGACCCUUUACAACCUCCACCAAAAACAUGGGGACUAUGUUCGACUAGGACCCAACGUGGUCAGUGUGCGGAAUUUGGAUGCUCUGAAGACUAUAUAUGGCAUUAAUAAGGGAUAUCAAAAGGUGAGCUCAAGUAACGAGAAGCUGAUUGACCUUUUCGCUAACAUUCGCAAGACAAAUUUCUACUCUGUUCAGCAGCAGCUUGCCAAAGGCAGACCGACGCCUACACUAUUUACCACAACCGAUGAAGUUUUCCAUGCUGCUAUUAAAAGGCCGAUCUCAUCAGCUUACUCAAUGAGUACCCUGACUGAGUUCGAGCCUUUUGUGGAUAAGACCAUUCAUACCUUAUUUGGAAAACUAGAUGAGGUUGUAGCUGAAGCAAAAGUCUGCGAUAUUGCUGCUUGGCUACAAUACUAUGCAUUUGAUGUCAUAGGAGAAUUGACGUUCAGUAAGCCACUUGGGUUCCUCGAGAAAGGGAAUGAUAUCGACGGAAUCAUCGUCGCGUUAGAACAUAUGCUCGACUAUUCCGGAAAGAUGCCAUGGCUCGACUACCUUUUCAUCAAGAACCCUCUCAAGAGUCUUUUCGGAGGGGGUUCAACCGGCGCUGUGGCCCGCUUUGCUCGCGCAAGACUAGACGAACGAUUGAACCAGAAAAGCACGUCCCCAGUAGCCAACAAGCAAAAGGACUUUCUCGAUCGUUUCUUGGAAGCGAGAAAUGAGCACCCGAAUAUUGUGAACGAUAACCAAGUCUUCUCAUAUACGAUCAGCAAUAUGAAUGCUGGCUCCGAUACAACAGCGAUUUCUCUCCGAGCAAUUCUGUAUUAUACCCUUAAGAACCCGCGAGCAAGUAUGAAACUUCAGCAAGAGCUCACCGUCGCCUUGGAAGAAAAUCGGAUCUCUUUACCUGUCUCAUGGAAACAAAGCCAAGAGCAACUCCCCUACCUCGAUGCAGUGAUUAAAGAAGCACUACGUCUUCACCCGGCCGUAGGAUUGAUGCUUGAGCGGGUCGUUCCGGCCGAGGGACUCCAACUUCCUGAUGGUGGUCCAUUUCUGCCGGCUGGGACGAUAGUUGGUGCCAAUCCGUGGAUAGUACAUCGGAGCCACAUCUUUGGGGAAGAUGUCGAGUCCUUUGUUCCGGAACGGUGGCUCAAGAUGGAUACUGAGUCUGAGACCAGUUUCCAGGAUCGGAAGCAGAAGAUGAUGCGUGCGACAUUUACUUUUGGGGCUGGACCGAGGACUUGCAUUGGCAAGAAUGUCAGUCUGCUUGAGAUAUAUAAGUUGAUUCCGUCGCUAUUUCUAAGAUACAAGAUUGAAUUCAAUGAUCCUAGCGCAGAAUGGGAGAUUAUUAAUGCGUGGUUUGUGAGGCAAAAGAACAUGGAUGUGAGGUUGACACAUAACAGCCAGGCUAUAGCAGGAUCAUGA